UUUGCCUUUUCUGCAGGAACAGCCACCUUGAGAGGCAGCGCAGGCAGCCCUUCCCUUCCUCCUAAAACGGUGAAUGGCCGGACAUUUGCUGAGAUGGAGAUUACAGCACACGUGUAUCCGGAUUUCUGCCUCGCUGUAUCUGUGAGAAGGCAGGGGGCAUGUUGGAAACCUUCCCAAGCCCCGUCCCUCCGCUCGGGGGGGAACAGAGGUGGGAGGGAAGGGGCUGCCGGUUUCUCCGCCAGCGAUGGUGAUGCCAAGGCACAGCACCCGCUCACCCACCACAGAGCGCCUUUGAAAACAUGUCCCUCCCUCCCCAUGGGAGGCGUCCGAGCACCGAGGGUGUCCCAGCUGUCCAGAGCAGCCCCUUGCCCUGGGCAGCAGACAAAGAGCGGGUACACGGGCGCCCGCCCAGCCCCGGCGCUUUGGCAGGGCAGAGAAGCGAGCCAUUGUCCCCGCGCACCGCCUGGCCGGCACCAGCCACCGCCGAGGACCUCAGCGGCAGAGGCUGCCUGGUGGGACGCAGCAGAGCCGGCACUGGCUGCACCAUGACUGGGCUGGUGGGGCCGGCAGCAGCCCUGGUCCUCAUCUACCUGGCUGUGGGGCUGGAGGCCAGCCCAGAGCUCUCUGGAUACCUGCGCAAGGUGCUGAGGAACCACACCAUCCACACAUGUGACGGGGAGCAGCUACUCAUCGUCUGCCCUCACAGGACCACCAUCAGCAUCCUCGGUGCCUUCUACGGACGUCGCGUACCCAGCCCCAACCUCUGCCCCAGCCCUGGCAAUGCCUCCCAGGAGAGCACCGAGUGCAUGUCCGCCACGGCCUACCUGAAGCUGCUUGCUGAGUGCCAGGACCAGCAGUGGUGCCAGUUCUCGGUGCACAGCCAGGUCUUUGGGCCAGAUCCGUGCCCUGGGACACACAAGUACCUCAUUGCUUCAUACAAGUGCCGGCCAGGGAACCAUCGGGUCAAGACCGUGUGUGAGAAUGACAAGCUGAGGCUGCAGUGCCGACCAAAAUCCAUCCUGGCCAUUUAUUCUGCAAACUACGGACGAUUCCUGCGAGGCAAACCAGAGUGCGACGCCCUAAACGCUGGGGGACCUCAUAUAGAGUGCUUGGCUCCAGACGCCCUGCGGAGGGUCUCCAAGAAGUGCCACCGCAAGGGGAACUGCACCGUGGCUGCUGACCAGGCCACCUUCGGGGACCCGUGCCUGCCCGGCACAAAGAAGCAGCUGCGAGUGUCCUACACCUGCGUGCCCAAGCAGCUGAUGGAGGAGGUGGGCCCUGACACCUCAGACCCUUUCCUGCUCUCGGACUACAUGCAUGGUGGCUGGUACAAAGGGCCCAGGUUCUCCAGACUCCGGGAAGACCAGAUGAUUUUUACUAGCUCUCUGGCAGCUUUUGCCCACCUUUGGGGCAUCCCAGAGAAAGUUGGCCUCUACUUUCUUUGUGGGGUCUCGGGAGGCCUCAUGCUCCUGCUGUGCAUCAUCAGCCCCAAAACAACCUUCCUUCAGGAGGUGGGGGAGGCUCUCAAAGACCCAGAGCUGGGGAGCAGCUUGGAGCUGAGCAGGACCAAGCUGCAAGAUGAGCAGGACGAAGACCUUCCUGAUGACAGCUCCUCGGACUCCUCCUUCCGCCGCCUCACCCGCACCUACCGCGCCACCGACAGCAUCUUCAGCCCUGAGCUGACGGCAGCCAUGGAGGGAGCGAUGGAGCACCAGGGCCGCAGCGGGGAGGAGAUCUGGAUGCCCAAGGAGUCAAGCCCAUACGCCAUCCACAAGAUCAAAUCAGCCACCAAAUAAGAACUGGAAGAAAAUGGCUGGGGAGCAGCGGGGGGCAGAGGCUAAGUGGGAUCCGACAUCAGAGAGACACAAGAGUUUGGGCUGCUUGGGGCAAGUCGGAAUCUGGAUUGGCAUCCGGGCGAUGGCAGCCCCAGUGUGGCCAUCAAACCGCUGCUCCACCAGCCUGGAAACCUCUAGACUGGGGGUAAGAUGCGGUCCCGGGUGUGAUGAGGGGCUGCGGGAUGGCUCAUGGGGCCACUGGCUCCUUUGCCAUAAACACGCUGCUAACCCUAAGCUAACCUCACCAUUCUCAGUUCUCAUUAGCUGGCUCUAGUACUUAACCCUGCUCAGCCACACUGAGCCCACCCUGAGCCUUUCCAGGCCAUUUGCUCCUGUUUCUUCUUGGGUGCUGGCUUCCAACCCUGGUGCUGCAAACAUCCCCCCAGCACUAGGGCAGCAUGCUGGCAGUGGAGAUGCAGAAAAAGCCAGAACGUGGGGAGGAUGCAGGUGGAGUGGGUGGGAGAGCACCAGGAGCAUCACACAGCACAACCUUACCAUGCCACAUGCCUUGAAGCCCUGGUAUCCCCAGGGGAGCUGCACCCCAGGGCUGUGGCAGCCAGCAGCUUGGCUCUCACCUCCCUGCCAGCAUUCAGGAGCUCUGUCACCCUGCAUUGCUCUGUGCUUUCCUUCAUGCUUCCCUCUCUGGCAGGAGAGCCUCGGGGUUAACUUGCCGGAACUUUUUCCAGUAAAUAAAUGCAGCAGCUGGUAGA